CGGCCGCCACGACGGAUAGGCCCCGAGAUCUCCUGCUGAUUCAGCAGGCAAAGCCCUCAGGCAGCAACAACAACAACAACAACAACAGCAGCAGCAGCAGCAGCAGCAGCAGUAGCCGUGCAACAUCGUACAUCGAUGCGGAUGCCGCCACUGCCGCUGCCGUGGCCAGCCUGCGCAGCAAGGUGCCAUCCAUAUCGAUAAUACCGCUGCCAGUGUCCACCACGAUCGUGGCCAGAGGCGGUGGUCCAUCGCAGCAGCAGCCGCCACCGCCGCCGCAGCUGACGCAUGUGCGCAGCACCUCCAACAAGGCCACAGCCACAUCUCCAGCGUUGGCCUUCCUCUCGGAUGCCGGAGCCACUCCCCCGCUGGCGAUACUGCAGCAGCGACCGCAGCAGCAGCACCAGUACCAGCAGACCGACAAGUGCACCGUCCUGAAGCUGGACAUGCUGAAGCAUCCCCUGAACACCACCAGCAGCACCACCACCACCACCAGCAGCACCACCACCAACAGCGCAAACUCGAGCGCCACGUACCUGCAGAUCGAACAGCAGCUGAGCGAACUGGAGGCCGCCGACGAGGAGGAGGAGAACAUGGCCAGCCUGCUGGGCAGCGCGCCACCGGCCCAGAUCCUGGCCAAUCAGCCCAUCAUCGUGAAGAUCGAGCCGACGCAGUCCUUCCACAUCGUGGACGAGGGCGACACGCGAGUGCUGAGCCUGCCCCUCAGCGAUGCCGACAAGCUGGGCGCCAGCUGGAUUGACCUCAAGGACAUUGCCGGCCUGCAGGCGGGCAGCGGCGCCACGCUGCUGGACGUGUGCUUCGAGCAGGCCAAUGAGGAUGGCACCAUCAUAGCCACAGUGCAGCCCGAAUCGGAAAUGGAGCUGGAGGCAGAGCUGCAGGCCGAGCUGGAGGCGGAGGAGGAGACGGACCAGGAGCCGCCGGCACCCAAGCGAUUGGCCAGGCAGCAGCCGUCGCGUACGCAGCACAAAUUCAUGUCGGAGCCCCCAGCCCUGGCCCGCUCGAGCAGCUUCAGCAGCCUGAGCAGCUUCAGCAGCAUCAGCAACAUUAGCUCCGUGUGCAAGCAGUUGCCCGGCAACGCCAGCGAGCAGUCCACCAUCAGCAGUCCCGUCAUCAUUAGCCAGACGAAGGGGCGCAGUCAGGACAGGGACAGGCCCAAGGAGCGAACGACGCCACCGCCAAUGCCGCAGCUCAACGCACAAAAGUCUGCUGCAACGACAGCGGGCACAGCUGCCACAGCGGCCAGAGAGCAUCACGGCAGCGGCAGCAAUGCCAUGACAGCUCAAAUUGAGAUAAUUCCAUGCAAAGUGUGCGGCGAUAAGUCAUCGGGCGUGCAUUACGGCGUAAUCACCUGCGAGGGCUGCAAGGGGUUCUUCCGCCGCUCGCAGAGCUCCGUCGUGAACUAUCAGUGUCCGCGCAACAAGCAAUGUGUGGUGGAUCGUGUUAAUCGGAAUCGCUGUCAAUACUGUAGACUGCAAAAGUGCCUAAAGCUGGGAAUGAGUCGUGAUGCUGUAAAGUUCGGCAGAAUGUCGAAAAAGCAGCGUGAGAAGGUUGAGGAUGAGGUGCGAUUCCAUCGGGCCCAGAUGCGCGCCCAGAGCGAUGCGGCACCGGAUAGUUCCGUGUAUGACACGCAGACGCCCUCGAGCAGCGAUCAACUGCAUCACAACAGCUACAACAGCUACAGCGGCGGAUAUUCAAAUAACGAGGUGGGCUACGGCAGUCCCUACGGCUACUCGGCCUCGGUGACACCCCAACAGACCAUGCAGUACGACAUCUCGGCGGACUAUGUGGACAGCACCACCUACGAGCCGCGCAGUACAAUAAUCGAUCCCGAAUUUAUUAGUCAUGCGGAUGGCGAUAUCAAUGAUGUGCUGAUCAAAACGCUGGCGGAGGCGCAUGCCAACACAAAUACCAAACUGGAAGCUGUGCACGACAUGUUCCGAAAGCAGCAGGAUAUAUCGCGCAUUCUCUAUUACAAGAAUCUGGGCCAGGAAGAACUGUGGCUGGACUGUGCCGAAAAGCUUACGCAAAUGAUACAAAAUAUUAUCGAAUUUGCAAAGCUAAUACCGGGAUUCAUGCGCCUGAGUCAGGAUGAUCAGAUAUUACUGCUAAAGACGGGCUCCUUUGAGCUGGCGAUUGUUCGCAUGUCCAGACUGCUAGAUCUCUCACAGAACGCGGUACUCUACGGCGAUGUGAUGCUGCCCCAGGAGGCAUUCUACACAUCCGACUCGGAGGAGAUGCGUCUGGUGUCGCGCAUUUUCCAAACGGCUAAGUCGAUAGCCGAACUCAAACUGACUGAAACCGAACUGGCGCUCUAUCAGAGCUUAGUCCUGCUCUGGCCAGAGCGCAAUGGAGUGCGUGGUAACACUGAAAUACAGAGGCUUUUCAAUCUGAGCAUGAACGCAAUACGGCAGGAGCUGGAAACGAAUCAUGCGCCGCUCAAGGGCGAUGUCACCGUGCUGGACACACUGCUGAACAAUAUACCCAAUUUCCGCGACAUCUCCAUCCUGCACAUGGAGUCGCUGAGCAAGUUCAAGCAAACACAUCCGACCGUGGUAUUCCCGGCGCUGUACAAGGAGCUGUUCUCAAUAGAUUCGCAGCAGGAUCUGACAUAACAUGAACAGCAACAGCUCAUGGAGACGUCCGCGGAAGAUGUUGCUGAGGAUGCGGGUGCGGGUGCGGGUGCGGGUGCCACGGGGUGUACUUUGCCACCUGUCACGCAGCAGUCGCUGCUCGAGGACUGAGCCCACAGCAGCCGCAGAAACAGAACGAACGAUGGGCAACAGCAGCAGCAGCAGCAG